AUGAGUGCCUCCGGCCAGUAUGGAAGGCCGGACGGCGAGAUGUUCCUCAAUCGGCCCAAUGACCAAGACUCCCCCACUAUCGUCGAGCCGUUGCGCAUCAACAAAAGAACCUCAAGCGCCUCUUCUGGGGUCCCCUCCAUUGCUGGCAAGCAAAGUCCUGCUCCCCAGCAGCCUCCUCAGUCGACCACCGUUUACCCGAUGCCCUCCCUCCCAUACCCGGACGAGCAGGCUCGCCAGCAAGCACAAGCCUCCCGAUCCAAUGGCUCUCCUGCGCCAUAUCCAUAUCCGGACGUGAGAAGAGUGACGUCUCCCGAACAGAGUGGGAGCGCAGGCAGCGGCGUCAGGCAACAGGCAAAGAGGACGACUUCAGGAGAUGGGCGCAGUGCGCAGACACUGGCAGAACGCCGUGGGACGGCUCCCAAGCCUUUACCAGAGUCCCCCGGCCCCGAUGCGCCAGACAAAGAAGGGCUCUUCCAACGCGCCCCUCAGCGUAUGAACCCUCCGAACACGGCUCCCCUCCCAAGCCAGAAUGAUGCUCGUCAGCAGUAUUGGCCGCCGCCCUCCGACCCCUCGUCUGCCGCUGCGGACGCGUUGAGCAGGCUGAAGAUCAGGGACCAUUCCUCGAUCAAUCGAAUAAGUUCCACGGCUUCGACGUCGACCACCCGAGCUCAGCGUGGGUCGCCUCCUCCGCCGGAAACGCCUAUCGUUGCUCCGGGCGCGCGCCCGCAGACUGAUAUCGAGGCCCGGUACGCAGCAUCUGGCAUUGCGGGCACCGCAACCCUGACCAGCUUGCAAGCUCAAAGUCUAGCGGCCCAACAGAGAGCCUCUCAAUAUAAUGUGCAACCUCAGCCCGCCCAGACACAGAGCAACGCUCCCCCGAGGCGGCCUUGGACGCCGACCGAAGCCCCAGGUAGCUCCCAUCACCCUGCUCCCACGGUGUAUCAAGGCAUGGAAGAAGCUCGCCCCUCCCCUCCCACCGCUGCCGCCGUGCCCGUGGCUCGCACAGCAGGUGUUCAGUCUCCAACCCGGGCCCAGCACCCCGUCGAGACUGAGAUAUCCAGGUUGCAGCCCCAUGAAGAGCCUCCUCCGGCAUACUCCCAAGUCCCUGGCAGUAGGGCAGUCGCUGGGAACGAGAAACAAAGAAGAAGCAUGGUCGCCGCUGCCGCCGUCGCCACGGCACCAGCGGUAACCCCAGGAGCCGCUCCCACAGCAGUUCCACAACCGGCCAACUUCAUGCCAGGCGCACAGGUUCCCAAUCAAAUGGACCAUCCGGCGUUUGCCAACGACCCUAGGCAAGCGGUCCAGAGUCCGCAGACGGCCCAUCCGACCAUGAACGGACAGAUGCCCCAGGCGCAGCCCGUCAUGCCCCAGACACCGUCCCAAAUUCCUCCUGCGUCCCCACCACCGCUCCCAGAAGGCUGGAUAGCGCAUUUGGAUCCUAACUCAGGACAAUACUACUACAUUCAUUUACCUACACAGUCCACUCAAUGGGAGUUCCCCAAGGGGCCAACGCCUCUCAACCUGAACGAAACCCCGCUAUCGCCGGUGGCCAGUAUAUACCAGAACCCACUGGCCUCCCCUGGCUUGUCGUUCACUUCCAAACCGCUGGCAUCGCCGGGAAUACCCAUGACUCCCGGGUACGAUCAACAAAGUGUGAUGGGCUUGCCUGGCCCAGCAGCAUUCACCGGACCGCCUCCUAGCGCUGGUGUGGACCUUUACAAGGUGGUGGCGACGAAUGGCGUUUACUUUGGCCCUUAUCUUCGCUAUGUGAAUAUGGAUAUAGAGCGAGGGAUUUGGUACGGGUCCAUAAUGCUGGUGACGGAUGCCCCUCAGCCACCCACGAUACACAUCCAUCAAAGCGUCGACCUGUCUCCAAACCCGCGCCAGUUGAAGGCCAACUGCAUCUCCACGCAUCAGAGGUGGACGUUUUACAAGUACGAGGUUGACCUGCGCAUGGAGGAUUCGGGAGCUGCAAAGUGGACCUAUGCCAUCACCUCCCACCUGGGUUGCACGCGAUAUGAGUUUCUAGUGGCUGGCAAACACGAGACCAAUUGGCGCUUCGUUUGCACUUCUGCGAAUGACUUUUCCCUCAGUGUGAGCGCCAACGAGCGCGCCAGGCUGGGCGGGGUCGGCUUCAUGUGGAAAGACAUCAUGCAGAAACACGCCGAAUGCGGCGGGUUCCAUUGCCAGCUCGGUUUAGGCAGCCAGAUCAAUGCGGAUCGGUUGUGGAAGGAGAUACCAACGCUCAAACAGUGGCUGUCGACAAGCGGGAAAGAAAACCGAAAGAAUGCUGUCUGGACAGCAGCACACGAGGAAGACGUAACGCAUGCAUAUUUUCAUUACUACACGAGCCAUUUUGAUCAGCCAUAUUUGCGGGAGGCUUUUGCCCAGAUACCCCAUAUCUUGACGAUUGACGAUCAUGACAUAUUUGACGGUUUUGGAUCUUACCCCGAAUACAUGCAAUUCAGCAACAUGUUCAAGAACAUUGGACGGAUCGGCAUUGAGAUGUACCUUCUGUUCCAGCAUCACACCACACUCGAACUUCUUCGUAACGUGUCCGACGACCGAGACCUGUUUACCAUUACUGGGACGGGAUGGCACUUUGUCAAAUACCUCGGACCGGCAGUCGCUGUUGUCGGUCCCGAUACUCGUAGCGAACGGACACUCCAUCAAGUCAUGGCCGGACCAACCUACCAAGGGCUAUUUCCCAAGAUUGCACUGCUCCCUCCGACCAUCCAGCACUGUCUCCUGAUGAUCCCGGUACCCUUGAUCUAUCCCAGGCUCGAUGCUGCGGAAUCGAUAGCACAGACGGUGGCUACUGGGAAGAAAGCCGUGACGGGCGCCUACAACGUACUGGGCAAAGUGACCAGCUCGGUAGCAGGCGUGGUCGGAGCUAAAGGGGCUGUCGGAUCGGGAUUUGACUCGGUGAAACGUGCUGUGGGCAAGUCCGGACUGAUGGGAGGUAUUUUGAGCCCCUUCGGCGACAUUGACGUUCUCGACGAGCUGAAGGACCAGUGGACCCAUGACUCAAAGGACCUGGAGCGGACAUACUUCAUCCGUACCCUGCAAGGAAUCUCCCAUCAGCGAUCCAUCCGCAUGACCUUUGUAUCGGGAGCGGUCCACACUUGUGGAGCGGGCCUCGUGCACGAUCCAUCCCACCCCUCCGACCACAAAACCAUGUACCAGAUCAUUUCGUCGCCGGUAGUCAACACUCCGCCGCAUGGCUAUGUCAUGAAGCUGCUCAACAACAACAAACCACUGUACAUCCCAGCGAAUGGGCAGCGGUCCACCCCAUCGCAACCGACCGACACGAAAGAAGACAUGAUGGAGAUUUUCACUCACGAUGUGACAGGACAGCCCAUCAACAACCGCAAACUGAUGGCUCGGAGAAACUACGUGGCGAUUGUGGUAUACGACCCAGAAGUCGUCAAUGGCACAUUUGGCCAGACGGACAUGCACCGAGGGUCGGGGAAGUUGAGCCUGGCGGCCGACUUUUUGGUGCAGGGAGAAGGCGCAUAUGGCAGUGUGGUCAAGUAUGGGCCUGUUGUGGUGCCGAGCCUGGAGUAUGGGCGUUAA